AGGAGUCGCAGCUGAGGGAGUGAAGAGGCGCCUGAAAACCUGGGAGAGGUCCAGCCAGAGCCCAAGAACCAGAGCUACCCCUUGACCUGUCCACCAUGGGGGAGAUGGAGCAAUUGAGGCAGGAAGCGGAGCAGCUCAAGAAGCAGAUUGCAGAUGCCAGGAAAGCCUGUGCUGAUACCACUUUGGCAGAGCUGGUGUCUGGCCUAGAGGUGGUGGGACGAGUCCAGAUGCGGACACGACGGACAUUAAGGGGUCACCUGGCCAAAAUCUAUGCCAUGCACUGGGCCACUGACUCUAAGCUGCUGGUAAGUGCCUCACAAGACGGAAAGCUGAUCGUGUGGGAUACUUACACCACCAACAAGGUACACGCCAUCCCGCUGCGCUCCUCCUGGGUCAUGACCUGUGCCUAUGCCCCAUCAGGGAACUUUGUGGCAUGUGGGGGUCUGGACAAUAUGUGUUCCAUCUAUAGCCUCAAAUCCCGUGAGGGCAAUGUCAAGGUCAGCCGGGAGCUCUCAGCUCACACAGGUUAUCUUUCCUGCUGCCGUUUCCUGGACGACAACAACAUUGUGACCAGCUCGGGGGACACCACGUGUGCUUUGUGGGACAUUGAGACAGGGCAGCAGAAAACGGUGUUUGUGGGACACACUGGUGACUGCAUGAGCUUGGCUGUGUCUCCUGACUACAAACUCUUCAUUUCGGGGGCCUGUGAUGCUAGCGCCAAGCUCUGGGAUGUGCGGGAGGGGACCUGCCGCCAGACCUUCACUGGCCACGAGUCGGACAUCAACGCCAUAUGUUUCUUCCCCAAUGGGGAGGCCAUCUGCACAGGCUCAGAUGAUGCCUCCUGUCGCCUGUUUGACCUGCGGGCAGACCAGGAGCUAACUGCCUACUCCCAUGAGAGCAUCAUCUGUGGCAUCACGUCUGUGGCCUUCUCGCUCAGCGGCCGCCUGCUCUUUGCAGGCUACGAUGACUUUAACUGCAAUGUCUGGGACUCCAUGAAGUGUGAGCGUGUGGGCAUCCUCUCUGGCCAUGACAACAGGGUCAGCUGCCUGGGGGUCACAGCUGAUGGGAUGGCUGUGGCCACUGGCUCCUGGGACAGCUUCCUCAAAAUCUGGAACUGAGGAGGCUGGAGGGAGAAAGGUGGAAGGCCAGGAAGAAACUCAACUGCCCCCUUGUACUCCUUCUUCCUUAGGUUCUCUUCUGUAUCCCAGGGGCCACUCCCACUAAGCUUCCUCCUUCGAGGACAGUGGGGAAAAUGGGAGGGUGCCUUUGGGAGGCAGCAUCAGGGACACAGGGAGCAAACAACUACCCCAUCUCCUCCCAUGGCCUCCCUUUCCCAUAGUCCUUUUGGUGUCUCCCCUAAUCAGCAAAGACAACCAACACCCCCUCCCUACCAGUACUUUGCAGGCCCAGCAGCCUUCCAGGCUGAAGCCCCAACCCCUAGGAAUCUUCCCCUAGAGUCACCACCUUUUGUCUACACCUAGCCAGGGUGCUCAGCCUCUUGACUAUGGCUGUCACCAUUAGGCUUCUGGCCCCCCUUUUCCUUCAUGCUUUCUUUUUCUACAUUUUUUUUUUCUCUAAAAGUACCUACAAUAAAGUAUAGCAACCUGGUA